AUGUCUGGCACUUCCCGCCUGACAAGAGCGACUGGUGCUGGGGGUCCGAACCGUAUUCCUGGCGGAGCGACAUUCGGAUCUGAAUUUUCUUCAACGGGAAUGGGAGACUUGCACGAACCGUCGGACGCGCUGCGACCCCCAUUUGCUAGGCCGGAAGAGUUUGAAGAUAUGGUUGGUGAUUUACGGAGGGUGUUUAUCGGAUGGUUAAAAAAGACAGAAUCUGAAUUGCGAAAAGAACGAGAGUCAAUCAUCUCAGAUAGAAAGUCAUUUGACGAAGAAAAGAGAAAAGCUUGGAAGGCAUUUCUAGUUGAAAAACAAGCAGAAUACGAAAAACUUCAAGAAGAAAGAAGGCGUGUUGAAACGGAAUCAGCUGCGACCAUGAAGCAAAUUGCUGUGGAACGAGAAGACGCACGUCAACGAAUAGUCGAAGAACGCGAGCAGUUCGAUGGAGAAAAGGACAAUUGGAAGCGGAAGAUGCUGAUGGAACGUGAAAAGUUUCUACAAGAAUUUGACGCAUUUGAGGAAGAAAGACGGAAAAUUCGGGAUACGAACAUCGCAGUUCAAACAGUUGUCGACCUUAAUGUCGGUGGUGUCGUUUUCGAGACGUCUCGACUAACGCUAGUACAACAACAAGGGUCUUUCCUUGAAUCGCUUUUGAAUGGUCGUCAUCAAGUAUCGAGGGAUCGGCAUGGACGAAUAUUCAUUGACCGAGAUUCAGAACUCUUUAGAAUCCUUCUUCAAUUUUUACGCGAUCCUUCAGUCCCUCCUUGUCCCAGAGAUUCCGCUGAAAGUUCUGCUAUUUGUAGUGAAGCUUCUUAUUACGGUCUCAAAUUCUUCCCAUUCCCUCUUGUUUUUGCUCUGGGUGGCCACAAUGGUGUGGACCAUCUUAAUACUGUCGAAGUUCUUGAUAUAGCGCAACAAUGUUGGCGUCCUUGUUCACCAUUAGAAACCGCUCGAACAUAUUUUGGAUCAGCAUCGAGUCAAGGUCGUUUAUAUGCCUUCGGUGGUCAGAACUUCGAUUACAAGGCGUUAUGUGAUGCUGAGCAAUACGAUAUUCUGCGCGAUAAAUGGGUUCCUGCUCCAGCUCUGAAUAUUCCUCGAAGAAAUGCAUGCGGAGCUUCGUUGGGAAAUCGAAUAUUCGCGCUUGGAGGAUUCGAUGGAACCAAUAUUCUUUCUUCUGUUGAAGCUUAUGACCCUCGAAUAAAGAACUGGAUGGAAGUAUCGCCCCUGAUGAUUCCAAGAUCUUCUGCAACAUGCUCGGUCUUCGGUGAAUCUCUUUAUGUUUUUGGUGGCACAACGGGCGAGCGUCUUCGGUCUGUUGAAAGGUUCGAUCCCAGAGCAAAUAAAUGGGAGUCCUUACAACGGGACAUGAUUGAAGUUCGCUCUGCAGCGUCCUCUGCAGCCUACUUAAGUACAUUAUUCGUCAUGGGUGGUAUGGACAACGGACACCAGAUUCAUUCGUCUAUAGAGUCCAUGGACUUGCAUUCGAUGAAAUGGAUUUUCCGACGGCAAAUGCCCCAACCUAGGAUGGACGCUGCGAGUGUCGUUGCGUCUGACUCGAUUUUAGUUGCAGGAGGACAAAACGAAGAAGUAUUGAAUUCCACCGCAUUCUAUCGUGCAGAUGUCGAUGAAUGGACGGAAGGACCAUCUAUGCUAUUCCCUCGUUAUGGCCACAGUCUUUUAGUGUCGAAUUUGUGA